AUGGAUUUGAUAAAGGGACAUUUGGAGGUGCUGACGGAAGUGUUGAGACCGCGGAUGGACUUUUUGAACUGCCACAUGGUGGAUUACUUGACGGAGGGACACUGGAAUCGGUACAUCCCGGAGGAAGUUAGGGAGGAGUUGAAAGGAAUGCAAGAAUUGGUUGGAUCGAAGGAAGUGUUUUGGAACCAGUUCAACAAAGAUUUUGAUUCGUCCAAGUUUCCUCGCUUAGCGAAUCACAUUGAGUCCAUGAAACGAUAUCGAUUAGACGCUAUGCCGGAAGCUUGCAUGACCACGGAACAGCUGAACUCGGCGUUCGAUUCUUGUCUAAAGGAAACUCGACUCAAAAUGCCCGAAUUGAUGAGUAUUAAAAAGUGUCACGAAGUGGAGGUCGCUUCCGCCGUGGUGGCCUCGCUAUGCACCGUCGUGGCCACCGGAACCGAAGGCAAGAGCUUAGACCAUGUGGCCGUGAUUGACGCCGGUGAUGGAAAAGGUUACCUAUCUUCAAGAAUCGCGCUUGAGCAUGGAAUAAAGGUGCUCGGAAUCGAUUGCAACGAAGGAAACACGGCGAGCGCGGAACGCAGAAGAGAUCAGUUGCGGAAGAAGGUUCCAGUUGCAUUAAAAAGAUCCAAAUUAACAGAAGAAUCAAUUCUGAAAGACGCCCCAGAAGAUCCGCUCUACAAAACCACCACAAAAAUGAUCGACUUCCAAACCAACCUAAUCGAACUAGUCCGCGAGCAAUUCCCCCAAACCCAAGCCACCCACUUCACCCUGGCAGGUCUCCACACCUGCGGCAACCUGGCGCCCAACAGCCUCCGACUCUUUCACCAGAACCGCCACAUCAGGGCACUCUGCAACGUCGGAUGCUGUUACCACCUGCUGAGGGAGCGCUUCUGCGAGGACGAAUUCUUCAACCGGGACAAGGCCCGAGACAACGCGGGCCUCGGCUUCCCGAUGAGUGCGUUCAUGGCCGGGAAAGGCUUCGCCCUCGGACGGAACGCGCGCAACUUGGCGGCGGAAUCGAUCGAGCGGUCCGCGUUCCACCGGGAGAACCCGAGCGACAAACUUGGCUACCGAGCGAUGCUGCAGAUCGUGCUGAAGGAGUUGGACGUGAGCGUGGAUAGGCAGGUCGGGAAGUUGAAGUGUGACGGAUUUGUGGAUUACGUGCGGAAGUCGCUGAAGCGGUUGGGCGUUGAUGGGGGAGAACUGAUGACGGAGGCUUACUUGGAAGGUUUGGAGAGGAGGUACGAGGUGGAGUUGGAACAGCUGAAAGUGUUCUACCUGUACCGGAUGACGUACGCGCCGGUUGUGGAAGGGUUGAUUCUGCUGGAUCGAUUGCUGUUCUUGAAGGAGUGUGGCUAUGAGAAUAGUUACUUGGUUAAGCUGUUUGAUCCGGUCGUUUCGCCGAGGUGUUAUUCAAUAGUGGCUUUUAAAUAAAUGUUGACUUCAAAAA